AUGGAACGUCUUGACCGUGCUUAUGCAUCACCAGAAUGGUUGGAUAAAUACCCACUUAGCUAUGUUAAGCAUCUUCCGAUUAUGAAUUCGAAUCAUUCAACAAUCUUUUAUCAAACGGAGCCUCCCCAAAAUCUUCGAAGGAGACCCUAUCAGUUUGAAAACUGGUGCCUCGGUCACCCAGACAUUCCUACCAUGAAUGCAUCGGUUUGGCGAAUACCUAUUGCUGGUUCUACCAUGUAUUGUUUCACCAAACAUCUAUCAUUACUCCGCCAGCAGAUUAAACAAUGGUGUUUGGAUCAUAAGGUAGUGUGGGGUAUUGAUUGGAAGGACCUUUCUGCGCAGUUAACUGCAUCUGCUGUUAAUAUCGUCAAUAUUCCUCAAGGAAAUGAGUUUAUGAGCCAACGCCAACAACUACUAGACAAGGCUUCCAUGGCACAAUCUUACUGGUCGCAACGUUAUAAAGAUAAGUAUAUCCAGGAUGGGGACCUUCCUACCAAAUUCUUCUUUAACAAGAUGAAACAGAAACAACGUUCUACAUAG